CAUGCUAUGAAUAAUUUCAGAUAUUUGAAGCACCAUCUGUCAAGGUUACAGUCCAGGCAGGACAAGAUGGCCGCCACAAAGACCCUGAGGGAGCUGACCAAUCGCUGCCUUGUCUCCAUGCCGACCAGUUUCCCCCGGCAACACAGCCAGGGCCACUGGCAGGACUAUAGCUUUCACAACAAGGUCGUUGACCUCUACAUCGGGUGUCUCGAAAAGGGUCAGAGGUCAACUGCGUAUGAGAACUUCCUGCGCAUGAUGCCCAACAAUGUGAACCUGAACCUGAGGGCCGUGGAACAUGCCUUUGCCACCGACGACAUCCAGCUGGCUCGCAGUCUCCUAGCAACCGUGCCUGCCGAACAGCCACCGUGUGUCGGACUCUGGCAACUUGUUGUCCACCUGCACCUUCGGGAUGGUAACUUCAACAAGGUCUCCAGACUCUACCAAGCAGGCAAACCCGGCUUGCUGCCCCCAUUUAUGCAACUUCUCUGGGAAAAACCGUAA